AAGCUUACAAAAGGUUUGGGCAGUAGACUUUUCUUACUCUUUCCAGUCAUGAAGGUGAUGCUGCUAGCAGUGCUGUUGGUGUUUGCUGCAUGUGCAGAUUCGGCUCAGGCACAGAAAGGUCUCCGACUCUGUGGCCGUGAGUUUUUUCGGGCCGUCGUCUACACGUGUGGGGGCUCCAGAUGGAGGCGGGUCCAAACUGAAGACCCCGUAAAUGGUUAUGAAAUCGAGGCUGAUGUGGAGUCACUAACCUCUGCAGAAAUGGACCGAGAAAGAAGAGAGGUGUACGAAACGCUGCCUUCCACCUGCUGUAAAGUGGGCUGUAGAAAAAGCGAUCUAGUUCGCAUGUGCUGAGAAGCACAGGACUCCAGCACUUU